GUUACAGUGUGGUGGUGGAUGACACAAGUGAGAGCUAGCAAUGGUUUUACACUCUUCCACGCUCUCCUUCUUCUCCACUCCUAUUCUGCUCCCUAACAGGAGCAGGGUUAUCCUUAACCAACACAAAUGCCCAUUAUCCGAGGAAACGCCCCCCUUUUCAUGUCGUGCCCUAAAACCCACUUCACAAAACACGAUUUUCAGAAGGGAUUUGCUGCUGUUUGGUCUCACUUCAGUGUCUCUAACAUUGCCACUUUCAGUGACUCUUGCGGAGGAAGAGCCGAAAAUGGCUUCAUUUUUAGAUGAAACAAAUGCCUAUUCUUAUUUGUACCCCAUUGAGUUGCCGUCUGAUAAUUUUUCCUUCAAAUGGGUAGAAUCUCGAAAGCCAGAACGGUAUUCAUCAGCUGCACCACUUUCUCCUGAUGCACGUCUGCGCAUUGUGUCUGAGCGUGUUGAUAUUAUUGAUAAUGCCAUCAUUUCUGUCACGGUAGGUCCUCCAAAUUCCCGCUUUAUAAAAUUGAAGGAUAAGAGCAAAUGGAGUGCAAAAGAUGUUGCUGAUUCAGUUUUAGCUGACAGAUCUUCACUGCGAGUUACCUCAAGUCAGCGCUUAGCAGAGAGUUCAGUUCUUAAUACCCAUUCUGGUGAAAUUGAUGGUGAACCUUACUGGUAUUAUGAAUACCUUGUUCGCAAAGCUCCUAUGAGAAUUACUGAUGAAUCAAGCGUUUACCGGCAUUAUCUUGCUUCAACUGCUGAAAGAGACGGUUAUUUGUAUUCUGUCAGUGCUUCAACCAUCAGCCCACGUUGGGAAAAAUUGGGCCCUUUCCUUGAAAAAACGGUGAGUUCGUUUCGACUUCUUAGCCCCACAGAAAAUUAUGUUCCUCCAUACAAAGAUCCCUGGAGAUUUUGGUGAAAACCAAAUUUUGUUUUUAUUGUAUUCAUGUGAUGAAUUUUUGUAGAGUGAAAUUUAUGUAACCUUGUAAUGUUCUUCGAAGAAGGAAAAUUGAAAUAUCAUGCCAUAUUCUUUGGGUUAUCUCUUAAAUCGGAAUUCUUAGAUUCUUGCAAGAGAGAUCAGAACUUGACAUUGGUAAUUCCUUUGCUAAAAGUUAUGGAAUGUGCUUUCAAUAGGAUUAGAACAAGGUGUUUGCUAAAUGUAAAUUUGAGAGGGGAUAAAAUGGUUAUGAUUUUU